AGAACUUGCACUUACAUAGUACGUGCAUUCAUAGUUUGUAGUGUAAACGCAUCGCGACAUCCCUUUUUUUCGCCUCAUCCUUAAACUGGCAUGCAUUUUAUCAGAAACCUCUGAGUAAAACGAGUCACAGUUUAUAUUAUAAUUUCAGAAAAAACUCCCAGUCAGUCACGUUAGAUCCCUAAAGCGCCAACAAUUUGAAAUUAAAAUUAAGAUUAAAAUUCUGCAUGGGAAAAAAUGCUGGCAUCACCAAAAUCUCAAGGGGAUUGGUCUUUGAUGAGCUGAAUGAGCCCUAUCAUAUAUCAAGAUACACAUCUUUAAAAAGACACGACCUAUCAGUGGUCGCUGUAGUCCAUCUCGUUUCCGACUAGCGCAUCGGGAAUUGACAAGUCAUAUUCUUUCUAUUUUAUUAUUUUAUAUCGGGUUUUUUUCUUUUUGCAAUGGCUGACCGUCGCAUGCCGGCGGAUGCAACUCCAAGUGAUGAUGUCGAGAUGGUGGGCACAGACCUACAUCUCGGCGGUAAUGGACUGGGUAACGAGCACGCCGAAAGCAACGGAUACGCGCAUAACGAGCAAGUUGCUGCCUCAGCACAACUACCUGACCAACCUAACAUACCUAACCUACCUAAUAAUGCAAACCAUACAACCCCCACUCCCGUUAAAUCUGAUCCAGAUCCAGAUGAGCUUCAAUCAAAUUCAUCACCACAAACUCAAACUGUGAAGAUGAGGCCCGCGUCUAAAAAAAAGGGCACCGCCGCCAAGAAAGGUCCUAGAAAGGGCGGCAAGAUCUCCAAGUCCAAACUUAAUUCCAAAAAGGAUAAUGCUGCCAACGGUCUUGCAGCUGACAGUUCCGACGAUGAAACAGAUAACGGCCCUUACUGUAUCUGCCGUGGCCCAGAUGAUCAUCGAUGGAUGAUUAGUUGUGACGUCUGUGAGGAUUGGUUCCACGGAGAAUGUGUUGAUCUCGACAAAGACGUUGGUGAGAAGCUUGUCGAGCGCUUCGUUUGCCCCAAAUGCACCGAUGGCAAGCAAAAUUAUACCAAGUACAAAAAACUUUGUUCUCUACCAGGCUGCAAGAAUGCUGCUCGCCUGUACACCAGAACCCUCAAAGAACGAAGUGUCUUCUGCUGCAACGAUCAUUGCGAUGCCUGGUGGGCUUCUAUCAUCAACACCCUACCUACCAAGGCUGCGACAGAGAAAGCUAUUGAGGUGCUCACUCAAGAAGAUUUUGUUGCCCUGCUCAUCAGCACCACCGAGCAAGGUGGUUGGAAACUUGGCGAUAAACCCUUCGGCAACAUGAGUGGCCUCUGGUCCAAUGGUCUUCCGACCCUCCCAGGCGUUCUUAGCGACGAAGAGCAAGCCUUCUUGAAGAACUCCGCUGCCGAACGUCUCGCACUUGGCAAUGAGAUCGUGCAAUACAAGAAAAUGAUGCAGCUCAUAGAUUGGGCCAAUCAUCGCCGACAGCAUGCCAUUGAAGCGGGCAAGUUUACCAAGGAAAGCUGCGGCUACGAUUGGCGACUCGAUACCGUCUCCGUCCGUUACCAGUUCGGAGAAUGGCUCGAGACCCCCGAGGGCCAAGCGACCUUCAAGGCUGGCAAACUGGACACUCCUCUCGACCCGGAGAUGCAAGGAGACCCCGCGACCCGUGGCAUGUGCGACAAGAAGCGCUGCAAACCGCACAAUGGAUGGUACAAGCUGUUGAUGAGUGCGGUUCGAACUUUGAUCAAGGAGGCGGCGACUUCUGCGGCGGACAAGUUGAACGCAGAGGAUGUUAUGCGGCAGGCGGCGGAGGCGCGGUUCGAGAGACGCCAACUGGAGAAGAACACGGUGGAGGUCCUAGACAAGUGAGGGCAAGUUAGCAGAUCAACCUUUGGGAUCUGGUUAUUACGUCGAUAAUAUCGGCGUUGGAAGUUAUAUUACUAGGCUGUGAAGUAGCUCAGCCGAUGGGAAGAAACGUGUUCUGUCAGAGCCUGGCGAAGGUUUCGGCCAGUAAUGACAGUUGGCGUUUAUGUAGGUACCUACUGAAGGUAUACAAAAAAUGAUGCUCAUUGUUUUACAACUA